AUGAGGAGGCAGAGAGCAUGCUGCCCGCCCAAGGAGGUGGUCGAUAUGACUGCGCAACAAGCGCAACCACAAGCCCUUGAGGAAGAGGACGACUACAUGUCCGCCGCCUUUAUCGUUGAUGCCGCCCCUCCCGCAACAUCAUCCCAAGCACCCAAGCGCAAGCGAGAGGUCCAGCCCGAGAAGAAGCCUCUCAAAGUGCUUGAGAAGGAGAAACUGAAGGAGGGCCUGGCCACGGCCAUCUCGUCGGACAACAAAGGCUUCAAGAUGCUCAAGAUGAUGGGCUACAAGGAGGGCUCGGCGUUGGGGAGGAAGGCGGAAGAGAGCGAGGGUCUGAAGGAGCCCAUCGCCAUCUCGCUACGCACCGACCGAUCAGGCCUCGGACGCCUGGAAGAGAUCCAACGAGUCUCGGAGGAUCAAUUCAGGCAGAAGAAGGCGCAAGAGCAGAAUCUGGCAAGCACAUACAAGGACCGGAUGAAGGAGCGAUUCGGUGAGCGGAAAGCGCACUCGCAGCUCAAGCAGGCGUUCAACAUAUGCGUGCAGCUGGACCAGGAAAAGGGCCUGGCCUACAGUCCCCACCUUAGGGAGUUCGAGGAGGAGGAAAAGCGAAAGGAGGCGGAGGGCGACGCCUACGCGCCCGUCGCCUGGGAGUUCGAGGAAGUGCUGAGACGGCUGGACGCCGUGCUGGCGCAUCUGCGGGAGCAACACUUCUACUGCUUCUACUGUGGCUGCGCCUUCAACGAUGCGGACGACUUGGCCCAGAACUGCCCCGGCCCAUCAGAAGAGGACCACGAGUAG